GUUGACAGCCCCUGCAUCAAUGGAAAGGAGAAAGCUCUGGGGUUUCCCGGGCUACCAACCUUUCGCUGGGGCUGUUAACGUGGGAAGAGUGCUCAAGUUUGCCACUCUUCUGCCCCAAACGUGGGAUUUUCACUGUUCCCCCAGAUCUGACGCCCCCUCCCCCGAUUGCCUGGGUCUGACUCAUUGGCUGGUGCUUGUAAAAGCAGAACGGGGAGGGGAGGAGGGAGGGGGGAGCCUUCAAAGUAGCCGCGAUUGGCCCCCGUUGGACAAGGCGCCCGUGAGCUUCGCCCCUGCAAGGGCGGCGGAGCCGGGGGGAGCGGAGCGGAGCGCAGCCUGCGGGGUGGAUCCCGCCGCCCCUUCAGGAAUCGACGCUGCCAUUCCCCGCCGCGUCCGGGCAGCCGAGAGGAGCGCGGGGGCUCCGAGGUUGGGGAAGUGCUGCGGCAACAUCGCAAUUGCCCUUUAAACAACAACAAAAAAAGAGGGGGGGGAGGGAAAAAAAAAAAAGGAUGAAGACGCUUAAAUGCCUCCUGCCAAAAGUAAAGAGCAAAUCUCAGUUGCAAUGGCUCUGCUAAAACUUGAUCAUGCGGGAUUUCAAGCGAUAAAGAGCUGCCGGGCUUACUGCGGCGGGAACAAGUUGCAGGAUGAAAUCCACGCACUAAAGGACCUAUUUUCCACUCCGUUGUUUGCAAAGGAAUCUACUGAAAUGACUUUGAGGAUCUUUAAACUGGAACUAUGUGGAGGGAGAAUGCACCCCCCUUUGCCUCUCUCCCUCUCCGCCUAGCUGCCCUCCCGGGAUGCGAUGUCGCUCGCAGGCUGCGGCGGGCAUCACGCGUGCGGCCAGCGGCGCGGAGACCGGCCCUGAGCCCGGGCACCGAGGGGCACGACAUGCCCGGGGCCUCGGCAUGCCCUGCACCACCUCCGGCACCUCCGGCAUCACCGGCACCUCCGGCUCCCGCCGCCGCUCCGUCUCCUGAGGCGCUGGGGGAUAAAGCUGGCAAAGAUGAAGAAAAUUGGCUGUGCUCUCCUGGUACUCCAAGCUCUUCUGGCACCUUUGGAUCUUGUUCGUGGAGCGGAGAAAAGUUACCCCAUCCUGAACAUUGCAGUGAUUCUGGGAAGGACCAAGUAUAUCACAGAGAGAGAUAUCAAAGCUCUCUGGACCCGGGAAAUGUCAGCAGACCUGACUGUUGAUGUCAAUGUAGUGACCCUUCUGGUGAACCAGACGGACCCUAAGAGCAUCAUAACACAUGUUUGCGACUUGAUGUCAGGCACCAAGAUCCAUGGAGUGGUUUUUGGAGAUGAUACUGAUCAGGAGGCAGUAGCUCAGAUUUUGGAUUUUAUUUCAUCUCAGACUUCUAUUCCAAUUCUUGGAAUUCAUGGCGGGGCCUCCAUGAUAAUGGCGGAUAAGGAUGUGAUGUCCACAUUCUUCCAGUUUGGGGCUUCCAUCCAGCAAGAAGCCAUCGUCAUGCUGAAGAUCAUGCAGGAUUAUGACUGGCACGUAUUCUCUCUGGUGACCACCACCUUCCCUGGAUACCGGGACUUCAUCAACAUCAUUAAGACCACAGUGGAAAAUAGUUUUGUGGGCUGGGACAUGCAGAAUGUCAUCAUACUUGAUACCGCCUUUGGAGAUGCCAAGACCCAAAUUCAGCUGAAGAAAAUCCAUUCAUCCGUCAUCCUGCUCUAUUGUUCCAAGGAUGAAGCUGUCUACAUACUGGAUGAGGCUCGUUCCCUGGGCCUCACUGGCUAUGAUUUCUUUUGGAUAGUUCCCAGCCUGGUUAGUGGCAACACAGAAAUCACUCCCAAGGAGUUCCCUUCAGGACUCAUUUCAGCGUCUUACGAUGAGUGGGACUACAGUUUAGAAGCUCGGGUACGAGAUGGCCUUGGCAUUAUUGCCACUGCUGCCUCAGCCAUGCUGGAAAAAUAUUCCUUCAUUCCUGAAGCAAAAACCAGCUGCUACGGGCAACUGGAGAAAAAUGACCGGCCGUCUCACACCUUGCACAAGUUUAUGAUGAAUGUGACUUGGGAAGGCAGAGAUUUGUCCUUCACAGCAGAUGGUUACCAGGCACAUCCCAGGCUGGUGGUGAUUGUGCUGAACAACGACCGCGAGUGGGAAAAGGUGGGGAAAUGGGAGAACAACUCGCUGAGCCUCAAGUACUCUGUCUGGCCAAGGUACAGCUCUUUUGCCGACAGCGACCCUGACGAUAACCACCUGAGCAUUGUCACCCUGGAGGAGGCUCCCUUUGUCAUCGUUGAGGAUGUGGACCCUUUGAUGGAAAGCUGCCAAAAAAACACUGUGCCAUGUCGUAAAUUUGUCAGAAUUAACAACUCAACUAAUGAGGGAAUUAACGUAAAGAAGUGCUGCAAAGGAUUCUGCAUUGAUAUCUUGAAGAAGUUGUCUAAAACUGUCAAGUUCACAUAUGACCUGUAUUUGGUGACUAAUGGGAAACAUGGCAAAAAAGUCAAUAAUGUGUGGAAUGGAAUGAUUGGGGAAGUGGUUUAUCAUCGUGCGGUUAUGGCUGUGGGGUCUCUCACUAUUAACGAAGAGCGCUCAGAAGUGGUCGACUUUUCUGUGCCCUUUGUUGAGACUGGGAUUAGUGUCAUGGUGUCACGGAGCAAUGGCACAGUUUCACCAUCUGCUUUUCUAGAGCCUUUUAGUGCUUCUGUCUGGGUGAUGAUGUUUGUGAUGCUUCUCAUUGUGUCUGCCAUGGCUGUCUUCAUUUUUGAGUACUUCAGUCCUGUUGGGUAUAACAGGAACUUGGCACAGGGGAGAGAUCCCCACGGACCAUCCUUCACGAUCGGGAAGGCGGUGUGGUUGCUCUGGGGCUUGGUCUUCAACAACUCUGUGCCUGUGCAAAACCCCAAAGGGACAACCAGUAAAAUCAUGGUGUCGGUCUGGGCUUUCUUUGCCGUCAUCUUCCUGGCCAGUUAUACAGCCAACUUAGCUGCCUUUAUGAUUCAAGAGGAAUUUGUUGACCAAGUGACUGGACUGAGUGAUAAAAAGUUUCAAAGGCCGCAUGAUUAUUCACCUCCUUUUCGAUUUGGAACAGUCCCAAAUGGAAGCACCGAGAGGAAUAUCAGAAACAACUACCCUGAUAUGCACCUUUACAUGACGAAGUAUAAUCAGAAAGGAGUUGAAGAUGCCUUGGUCAGCUUGAAAACUGGGAAGUUGGAUGCUUUCAUCUAUGACGCAGCGGUGCUGAAUUACAAGGCUGGCAGAGACGAAGGCUGCAAACUGGUCACCAUAGGGAGCGGGUACAUCUUUGCCACCACGGGCUAUGGAAUAGCACUUCAGAAAGGGUCACCUUGGAAGAGACAGAUCGAUCUGGCCCUCCUUCAGUUUGUUGGAGAUGGGGAAAUGGAAGAGCUGGAAACCCUGUGGCUGACGGGUAUUUGCCACAACGAGAAGAACGAAGUCAUGAGCAGCCAGCUGGACAUCGACAAUAUGGCAGGAGUGUUUUACAUGCUUGCAGCAGCCAUGGCUCUCAGUUUAAUCACCUUUGUCUGGGAGCACUUAUUUUACUGGAAACUUAGAUUCUGCUUCACUGGAGUCUGCUCAGAUAGGCCGGGAUUGUUGUUCUCAAUCAGCAGGGGUAUUUACAGCUGCAUUCAUGGAGUACAUAUUGAAGAAAAGAAGAAAUCUCCUGACUUUUCUUUGACCAAUUCCCAAAGCAACAUGUUAAAACUACUGCGAACAGCGAAAAAUAUGACCAAUAUCAAUCCUUCAAGAAUUAACUCCCCCAAAAGAACAGCUGAUUUUAUUCAGAGGGGUUCCUUGAUUAUGGAUAUGGUCAUGGAUAAGGGAAACCUGAUAUUUUCUGAUAACAGAUCCUUUCAGACAAAGGACAACUUUUUUGGUGACAACAUGAGUGAACUGCAGACACUUCCUGGCAAUCGACACAAGGACAAUCUUAACAACUAUGUUUUCCAAGGUCAGCAUCCUCUCACACUGAAUGAGUCCAAUCCAAAUACAGUAGAGGUUGCAGUAACAACAGAAGCAAAGGUGAACUCCAGACCCAGGCAGCUCUGGAGGAAAUCUGUUGAAUCUUUACGUCAAGAAUCUGUACGUCAGAGCCAAGGCUCCCAGAGAGAAAACGGGUCAGAUGAAAACAGGCAGCUUUCCUUGAAAAGCCAAAGAUACCUUCCUGAAGAGAUUGUCCAUUCAGAUGUAUCAGAGACGUCAAGCCGAGCUACUUGCCAUAUGGAACCCGAAAACAACAACAAGCACCACAAAACCAAGGACAAUUUUAAAAAAAGGACAGUAGCAUCAAAAUACCCAAAAGACUGUAGUGAAGUGGAGCUGACAUAUCUGAAAACCAAACAGAGCUCUCCACGGGAUAAAAUCUACACGAUUGAUGCUGACAAGGAGCCAGGAUUCCGCUUGGACACCCCUCAGUACGUUGAAAACAUUGUCCUUCCAGAACCUAUAGAGUUUCCUGAUGUUUAUCAAGAUCACAAUGACAACUACAGGAAAGCAGAACACGCAAACAGGACUCCCUUGCACAACGACGACAGUCUUCCAAACAAUGACCAGUAUAAACUUUAUGCAAAGCACUACACUUUAAAAGAUAAGAAUGCUUCCCCGGUUGACGUGAACGAUAGGUACCGACAGAAUUCCACCCACUGCAGGAGCUGUCUUUCCAACGUGCCCACAUACGCGGGACACUAUUCGAGCAGAUCUCCCUAUAAAUGCGACGCGUGCUUGCGAAUGGGGAACCUCUACGAUAUUGAAGAAGAUCAGAUGCUGCAGGACACAACGAACUUAUCGCUUCCUGAAGAAAUAUAUGAGCAUAGUUGGUCACAAAAUAAUGCUCUGCAAUAUCAUAAAAAAAAUAAGUUGAGGAUUAGCAGGCAACAUUCGUUCGAUAAUAUCGCUGAUAAGUCUAGGGAAAUUGAUAUUGGAAGACCUUCUCGUAGUAUAAGCUUGAAAGAAAGAGAGAAAUUUCUACAAAGUAGUCCAUAUGCAAGCAUGUUUAGCGUGCCCUCAAGCAAACUGUUGGGCAACAAGGCCUCACUUUUCACUCGAGCUCUGGAGGACAGUAAGCGGAGCAAGUCCCUGUAUCCUGUUCACUCAGAUGAUAAUCCCUUCCUGCACUCGUCCCGUGAUGACCAGCACUUAUCUCUUAGGCGAAGUCCAGCUGAUCUUUAUAAACAUUCAUUACCAACAAGAGGAAGACAUGAUAAUUAUUUAAGGUCAUCUAUAAAGUCUACAGCCUCAUACUCUUCCAGGGAUGGUCGGAUCCAUAAUGACAUGUACAUUUCAGAGCAUGUUUUGCCUUACGUUGCAAAUAGGAAUAGCUUGUACUCAACUCCAAGGGUUUUAAAUUCCUGUAGCAAUAGACGUGUGUAUAAGAAAAUGCCUAGCAUUGAAUCAGAUGUUUAAAUUUUCCAUGAACACUUCAUCUAUAGGGAAAAAAUAGUUGCCACCAUCUUAGAGGGGAGAAUUUAUUCUUUAACAGUAUCCUGCUAUGGUAGAUGAUAUAUAAACCUCUCCCUUUCCCAGUGUACUUUUGUACAUGAAUAGGUAAACUAGUAUGCUCUUAACCAUCCUUUUAAAAUAUGUCUUGAUGAAAAGGAUAAAAAAAUAGCCGUUUAUGUAUGCAUUAUAUAUAAAUGGCAAGCUGUACUGAAAUAGCCCCAAUAAUGUUGGCAACUAUGCUGUUUGUAUCUAAUUAUUUUACUAUUUCGGUUAUUCUAAUUUAUGUUGCUAAGUAUCAUUCAAUGUACGUUUGUCCUUAGAAAUGUUUAAUGAUUUUCUAGCACUGGAUAAGCAAUAUGGUAUGCAUGUAGUAUGACACAGACAAAAAGAAUUAGGAAUGCAUUUGCACAGUUACAAACGUAAGACUCUAAAAGAGAACAGAAAGCUAGGGUUUCAAAAAUAUAUUUUAGCUUCAUAAUCAUUUUCAAAGCCAAAUAAUAAUUAAAAAACCCCAGACCCUGGGACCUCAAUAAAUAAAACAAUAGUGUGUUAGCACAGAAUUAGUAUGUUCAUUGGAGAUUGACAGAAAAUAAAUGGGAAGGCUGUAGGCCCAGACGUGUGAACUGCUGUGUACUAAAAGACAGCCCCAUGGAUAUCGGUUAACAUUAAUGUACAAAUGCUUUUCUUAUAUUUCACAUGGACUUACCAUUAGAAAUUAAGUUCAUUGAAAAGUCUGCAGUCAUCUUGUCAAAAAUUUCACAGCUGCCUAAUCCAGAGUAUAUAUUUUUAGAUAUCACUCUAUGGCACUUCCUAUGGAGCUGUGGACUUUAUUAGUAACCUUGAGGCCUAAUGUGUACGUGAGUUUGCUUUUGCCCCUUACUGGUGAUUACUCAGGGCUGUAUAGUGUUUCUUUUAUUCCUUCACUUCCCAAACGAAAUCCCAACCCACUGUAGUUCUGUGUUGACAGUGUAUUAGUGACAUCUAAUUAAUUGUAUGUUAAUAGUAUUAAAGCUGUUAAGACAGUGUCAAACACCAACAGCCAUACGUUCAGUGUAAGCAGUGAGGAGCGCAUACCAUUUAUUUGCAUACACAGUGAAGGAUUAACACCUUUUGAGGGACUUCUUCCUUCCAGAAUAUUGUGCAUAUUUGUUCAACAUCAGAUCCCUUUUUUUUAACCUCUCCAAUCAUGUCUGUUAUAUAAAUUGAAUAUAUGCACACAUAACUAAGGAACAGUAUAUUUGUUAUCACUGACUGGUAUCUGAAGAUGUUCACAUAACAGGGAUGCAUUGUUAUAUGACUUUUACUUCUAGAAAAGAUCACCCAGAUUAUUUCACAAAUAAAAUGUCGACUACACACCGCUCCUCACCCCCACUGGAAAAACAAACAAACCCAUGCUAGAUUUUAAUCAUAAGGGAGUGAGGAAGGGAAGAGAGGAAAGCUUUCAGGAACAGAGUGUACGGCUGUAAAUUUAAUUUAAACUAAAGAAGUAAAUAUAAUUGUUAAUAUAUUUAAAUACUGAAAAUGUUAAACAGGUGGUGCUCUCCCAUUCUCCUGCUAUUCUGAGAAUUGCUUUAGGUUUUUUGUGUAGAGGAAGUUUAGAUUAUUCAAGUAUUAUUCCUCACAUUUCACUGAGGAACAGUCAGCAGGGAAGCCAUUAGCACUGUGAACUGGAAAAUGUGAAUAUUACCCUAACUUUUCCCUAAACUAAACCUCUUUUCUACAGAGUCAUGCCUGUCGCUGUAGUUGUGGUGUUUGUGUGCCAGAGGAACAGUAUGCAGGUUGUUUGCAUUGGAACAGCGUACUGCAGAGGAGAGUUGCAAAUGGGAGAUAAUAUAAAGGAUACAUAAGGACAGGCAAAAUAUAGCUUCUUGAAUUUUGCUUACUAUUUUUUUAUUAAGCAGAUGUAAGCUGACUUUAACUACCAAACAGUCCUGAAUGAGUUCUUGAUAGUUACAAAUGUAUUUCUAUGUUCACCAUGAUGGUGAAAGAUGAUAUUUUUGAAGAAAGGAGGUGUAAUGAGAUUUGGGCUUCUCAGUCCAUUUCCAGCUUCCAAAAAUCUCAGUAUACUUUAUUUUAAGUAUGUUCAGAAAGCAUUUCUAUUUGCUAUCUGUAUGCUGGCCGGAGCAAAUAUGUUUUGAGUAUUCUUUAUUCAACCUUUGGUCACAGUUAUUUGCCCUCAUACAUGUUCUGUGCUUUCUGGUCCCUCACUGGAUGCAGUUCUUAUAAACAGAAGGUCCUUACCUGCCCUUAGAGAGAUUCACAUCUCUUAGGAAUAGUCGUAUGAACUAAGCAGGACGAGGAUGUUUAGGGUAUGAAUACAGCUUUUCUUGAACCAAAACCUUUUUCCAAAGACAUAGGGGUACUACUUGUCCAAGGUCUACAGGAAGGCACUAAAGUCAUAAAUAUUGUUGUAAUGAGUUUAAUAAAAGUAUUUCAGUCAAAUUUUAAUUUUCAAAUCAUAGUAUAUUAAGUAAAAUCUUAAUUCUUUUGAACUACCUGGUAUGUUUCAGCAGAUGUAGUAUUUGCUGGUAUCAUACCAAAACCUGUCAUGCAAGUCACUGACAAUUUUACCAAGUGAAUCACAGAAGCCAGUGGUGGCUCUUUCACACCAUCUUAAAGCUCUCAAAAUAUUUGCUGAUCGCUCUGAGUCUUUUGCAUCAUCAUCUCUAUCUAACUAGACACACAUAAUUCAGUAUAUAGACAAAUGAAGUUGUGGGAAAGAAAAACUUCCAUUUACAGCAUAUUCUAGGUAAACCCUUGAGAUCCAAAUGUAAACAUCCUAAACCCAGGUGGACUUAUCCUUCUGUAAAAUGUACAAGGAAAUUAGCUAUAAAGAAAUAUCUUGCAGUGUUUGCUUUUUUGAUUUGAGCAGAUUUCUAGUGAUUGCAGAUAUUUAUGAUUAUUAGCUGCAAAUAUGCAAUACAACCACCUCCCUUAAACCAAAAGAAAUCAAAGAGGCAGAGGGAAGACUUGAUAAUGUUGUGCAGCAGUUGUUCACAUGGAAAGAAAAGAUGCUACUUUAAAGGAGAUAAAAAAACCCCAAACCAACAGAUACUGAAAGUAGAGGGAAUAAGAAUCUGCAUGCUUUCAUUAUUUUGAUCUUGGCAUAUAAUAUGAGUGAAUAAAGGGGGAAGAAAAAGCUAAAGUGUAGGGGCGUAGGUGAGUAGCUGGUGUGGUUGCAGAUGUAGACGUGUAAAGAAGCAGCAGCUGAGAAGUUGAAGAAAACUCUUCAACAGUAGAGCCACAAGCCACAGCUUGUGAAGCUCAGCCGUAGAGCGCAUAGAAUUCUGAAUAUUGCCUGAGCUUUGUUGAUAUGUUUGCACUGACUUUGCAUUAAACCGAGAUCAAGACUUUCUGUAUUUCCCUCUCUCUCACUCUAGCUGCUGCUAUACUUGAAGAGGAGAAAAGAAUCUUCCUGCCUAAGUGGCCAUCCUUUCUGUACCUAUCUGGAUGGUGCUGGGGACUUGUUACAUUUUCCUGAUUACAGCUCUAGCGGUUUGUUGCUCAUUCCUAUCACCAGGAUUUGCCGUGGCGCCAGCUGGAACUGAAUCAGGCUGUAAAUGCUCGGGGCCGUUCUUGGUAGCAUGUCCUGUAGUGGUACACUGCUCCUGGACGACAACUUUGGUGGAGGCAGGAUAUUGAAUUGCUGAGGAGUGCAGUAGGUACAUGGAGGUAAAACCAGCUACAUAGACAUACCUGCCUCUUGCUUUUUUUCCUCUUUUAAAGAUAUUGUAGAACUUCUUCCUGUUUUUGUCUUUCCCUUUUCACUAAAGUAAAUUUUCCUUUUUCCUUUCAAAUGGAUUUUGUGUUCUGCUUGUGUUUCGUAGAGCAGUAUAGCCACCCACUAUCUUAAACGCAUGGAAAUAAGAUAUUUUAAUAUAUAAGAUAAAAUUAAAGAGAAUUGAGAGUUCUUGUAUUUCUGGAAAAUUUCAUUUAAUGUUUUUGCAGCUUUUGCUCAGAAUUCGUUAUUCUGCUAUCUAAGAACCUAGGUUAGCAAAAAGAGCGCUGUGGCCAAACAGAAACCAGCUCACCGCCAGCUCACUGUGUUUGGGCAGCAUCUCAUAAACACGUCUGUCUUUCCCUGUGAUCAUUCAGGAACACUUAGGAGGUGAAAUAAGGGAAAUCGAGAAUGUGUGGGGGGGUUCAUGGUGAAAAGAAAUAGGUUUAGGUACAUUUAAAGCUAGCAAAAGCUGUGUAGUGUUGGCUUGCUGUGCUGGAAGGCUGAGCUCUUUCUGUUGCCCGUGGGGAGAGAGAGAAUUCUCCAUCCGCAUGGCAGCUCAAAGCAUGGGAAGAUUGAAAGCAUUUAUGUGUGUGAUCCUCCUGAAAGAUUUUACUUCCCUCUCUUAACCUUUUAGAAAAUAUAGGCUCCUAACUUAGACAUCUCAGUUAGAUGGGCUUAGCAAACUAAUGGGUUACUUAUCCCUCCAGAAUCUGCUAGUUAAAUCUGCAAGUGAGUAGUACCAAGUUAAACCUUGCAGGUGUGUAUAGGUGCAUAUAGGCUCCUGUCCUUAUGCAGGUAGCACCUGUCAGGUUUGGGUUUUGCAGUAAUCCCAGCCUACUUGGUGCCAUCGUUUUCUUUAUCCAGCAUGAAAUAAAAGUGUCAGAAUAUGUUCCUUGUAGAACAACUUGCAAUUUUAAUAUUUCUGCAGUGUAGCAUAUGUGUCUUAGUGAUGGGGAAGAUUUUGGCACUAUUCCUUCCCUUGCUGGCUCCAUCAACGUAGAGCAGGAAUUGAGGUAUGAAUUGAAAGGUCUGAGAGUCAGCUUGGAUUUAGGAAGAAUUCAAGAGGUGAAUAAUUUUGUUGUUUUACAUUGCAUUUAAGAUGUUUGGUGUAUAAAACCUAGUGAAAACAGAUCUUUCAUGACAAAAUCUCUCUUAGUAUAGAGCAUUAACCAUCCUGUGGCUUGGCUCGAUUGUGUUUGGUGUUAAUCAUCACAUCAUGUGUUUCUUUCAAGAUGGAGUGUCAUCCAUCCCCUCGCUAAACUGGCUUUCCCAGCUCUCAUCCUAUCUUAGCUCAAGAGUCCUUUUAAAGUAGAUAUCUUUCCUGUAUAAGGCAAUCUGGUUUGCAGCAUAAAAACUGUUUUCCAGUGAUACACUUGAAUUGUUUGUUUUACCAAUGUUAUCUUUUUAAUCUAAAAUUCGUUUCAAUUGAGAGGUGAGCCUUCCAAGUAUAAUAUAACAGUGCUGAAGGAACUUCUGAAAGAGCAUAAAGGCCUUUUGAAGAGUGAUGUUUAUGAUAUAAGCUGUUUCCUAGCCAAACUCGCCUGUACUGUAUUAGCACCAUGUUAGUAUUUGCUAUGGUGAGGUGGGAGCACAGUUUAAUCGCAGGUGUGUGUUUAUUUGCAGAUGUAGAUGCAAGUUCAGACAGGUAGAUGGUGUGAUGGAGGAAAGGCUCUGGCUGGAGCCACCUGUGGGUGGGUUAAACAGGAGCAGCCUCAACACCGUCACGUCUUCCAUUGCUCUGCUCGUGCAGACUUUUCUGUCCGAUGUGCACAUUUCGUACGUAGCGUAAAGUUCUCGUCAAUAUUCGGCUUGCAUUGUGGAGUGUUCACCUUCAUUCCGGUGUAGCAGCCAUGUCUGUGGGAUGGAGAGGUGGUGGUCAAUGUUCUCUGGUGUCUGUCGCCUUGUUAAAUGGGAGCAGAAAUCCUGCCUGGCUUCUCUCUGCUCCGCUGGGGAGGGUCACUGCACCCUUGUAAAUAAGCUCCUCAUUAUGUCACCUCAGUUGAGCAUUUACCUUUCUUCGCCCUGCUUCUCUCGCCCUGUGUACAGCGUGCGCUCUCUGAAACACGUGCUCUUCCAACGUCCUGCAGCUUUGGAAGGCAGGAUUACAAUGUGCAUCGCCCCGCAAUGCACUGAAAAUGCACUUAGCUCUUCUCGCAGGUUCAUGAGCUUUUUUGUUACAUACUGCAGAAUAUAUCUGCCGUGACUGAAGUUGUUUUUAGAAUGAAUGCCAGUCUAAACAGCUGCAAGAAUCCACUGCUGAUUUUGUGAUGAUUCUGUCAUAUCUAUUAUUUAAGAACCAGAAAUAAUAUAAGUGAAAUUAAGUUACCUCACUAUUUACCAGGUUUUUGUUGUUUUGCACUUAAAUGACACUUUUUACUCCUUUUGCUUAAUUCUUUACCUGUAUUGAAAACAAUGCUAAAUUAGUAGAGAAUAUAACCAUUCUGUAACUUGUCAUGCAAUACCUUUAUUAAUAGAUAACCACACUAAAUAUAGUACUACAUAUUUAAGAGAGAUGGUUUUGCCUCUCCAACUCUUAAAAAGUAGUGGUGAUAAGCAGUUAUACUACUAGAUGUUUUGUCCUUUCCCUUUUGUAUUAGCAUUUGUUUUCACGAAUAUAUUUCAAAAAUUAUAUUUCUAUGUGCACGUUAUAAAACUGUGAAAAUAAAUACCAAUAAAUAUUGUGAUACUUAUUCAGUGCACUGUAAAGUUCCAAGUGAGAUGAUACUUUGCCUGGGAAUCGAUGAAGGUUUCCUCCCUUCUCAUAAAUGGUACUAAGCUUUAAUGUGGGCAAAUGGUAAUAUUUACAGUGACAUGCAAUUUUAAUGGAGAAUGUCUUGUUUUGCACUUCUAGCACUAAUAGAGGAAAUAUGUUUUUCUCAGCAAAUGCAUUAUGAGAAUACAAUUUUAAAAUUUGUUUUAUGCAUUGCAGUACAUAAGAAUAGCCAUUCUGAAGAGAUUUAUGUUACAUCAUUAGUACAGGAUUCUUUAGUCUGAUAAUUUUUAUGGAGAUCAUGGUGUUUAAUGGCAAAAACCUGUUGGAAAUGUAUUUUGGCUUCAGUUUCCCCUUGCAAAGCGUGUAUUUGGACUGCAGGUGACACAGUGGAAGGUCCUGCCGAGGGUGCUGUGCCUUCCCACGCUGCCGGGGAAGAUCUUUCUUGUUCGCUCUUGGGACAAGAUUACAGGAGUUGAAAACAAAUUUUGGAGCAUGUGUUGUGUAACAUUUGAAGUGUAAAUGCGUGCGAACAUUUCAAGUGGAGGUUCACAGUUAUCCGCACCAGCGGGGGUUGUGUGCGGGCUGCGGGGUGUGUGGUUUCUGGAGGAAAUGAUCAUUUUUAACUGAAGUGAUUUGAAUUCGGCUUCGGUUGCUGAAAGUCACUGGAAAAAAAAAAAGAAAAGUAAUAUAUUUUUGUUUUAAAGUUGUUGUCAUACGAGGUUUCACAGGAAAAUGGGCCAAAGAAUACAAUUAAAUAUGCAAAAGGUUAAUCCUAUGAAAAAGGGUAUCCUGUCAUCUUGAUAUGCACAAGCAUAUUAAUGGUAAUGGGAACAAUGUGUGUAAUUUUCCUGUAUAUUGCUAUGUAGGUUGCACUAUUUUGAAUGAUACAAGCCUGAUAUUUUAAUUACCAAAUACCAUAAGAAGCUGUUUAUUAAUAGUUUAACGUUGUUAACCUAAAUAUAUAUACAGUAUCCACACGUGUGCGUGCAUACACUUUCCAACCCUGUCAUGUCAGAGUCACCACCCAGAGCCAUGGGACACAUUUCAGCAGCAUUUGAGUGAUUCCCGUGUCUCCUUCCCAAAGCUCCCAGAUCACAAACCCGCCGGCAGCAUUUGUUGUGCUGUUUGAGACCUGUUGCGGAAGGGGCUGAAGGACUUGCUGGGAUUGGGAUUGCAUUUUGCUAGGACAUGUGAAACCACAUCAGAGUUCCUUGGAAUUGUUAAUUUGAAGUAAUUCCCAAGUUUUUUUUUUUCAAAGGGAGAAUUGAGUAGUUAUUAAUUUUUCCACCUUAAUGCAGAAACAGAGAAUUCUGUAGUGUCAAAUUUUCUCUACAGUUCAUUGCAAGUGUGUCUUGGAGAGCAACUUGCUCCAAGUCCUUCAUCUGCAAGAAGGAGAUUUUUAGCUAACUUGUUUUUACCUGACCUAGGUCUGGGUUCCAAAAUUGGGUAAACCACCUUUUGACUUAAAUAGGGGUGUGUGAGUGAUGGGAGAGCAGAUGCUUAGUACAGUUCACACUCAGAAUUAAAACAGAACAAAACCAAACCUCAUGUUGCAAAGGUAUGGAAGUUGCAUCACGUAAAAUGGAGUGCAGCUAGGAAGGAAACUAGUGCCAUUUUUAAUAGGAGCUGUUUACAGUUCAUACUUUCUAUCAGCUAUAAUAUUUUGAAAUAGUCUAAUUCAUUCCAGAACAUCUAUUUUGCACCGAUGGAGAACAGCUUGAUCCCUCCCACCACGUGCACAGUGUAGCUUGUGUCCUCCCCAUUGAAACCAGAAGUUACAAACAAAAUUCAUUAACAUGUUAGGCUGACUCCUACCUGAUUUUUAACUAACUAUGCUGUUUUUAUGCAAAAUUUACAUCCAUACAGUUCAGGUUCUCUCAGAAGCACUUCACCUGUCAGUUAAUAAUGUUAAUUCCAAUACAUCAGAUUCACACUAAACCUGAAGGGCAUUUUGUGCAUCCUUUCAUCCUGCUUAAUGAUUUUUGCUGGCUUAGAUGAAACUCUGAUGUUUCUGUGCUGCUAAACAAAAACCGCCAGAAAUUUUUUCUAAUCUCAAAUUACACUUUGAAAAAUGUUUUUACCUGUUUACUUGAAUAAUGUAAAUUUCAUGUGUUGUCCUGAUUAGUCUUUGUAUACAUAUAUGUAUAUAUAUAUAUAUGAGCUAUAGCUAAGCCUUAUAUAUAUGUAUAUGUAUAAAGUUUUUGGGGAGGAUGAGGGGCAAGACAAAAAUUCAGCAUUGUGACAAAGAUUUUACAACCAUUUAUUAACAGUUUCAAGUAAUGUAUUGCUAUUUGAGUUUGAUUAGAAAUCAUUUUCAGUUGAUAUCUGGAAAGAGAGAUGUAACUAAAAAUUAGUUUGGGGUCUUCAGUCGUCAUCCUAAGGCCGGUUUAGUUACAUUUGUUAUUUUGAGAAAAUAAGAAUUCACAGUAUUAAGUUGGGCUUUUGUUGAGAAAGAAAAUUAGUUAUUAGUACAGUUGGAAAAGUGUUCUUGUUCUGCUGCGGGAAAAAACUCCAAGUGUACUAAAUGGUACUGGUUACACGGAGCACUAAUCUACGUCACAGCAGAAGAAAUUGGCGUUCCAUAAAUAACGUCUUACCAGAAAUCUUGGAACCAUUUGAUUCCACAGACAGUAAAUUAAAAAGCCUAUCACUUCUGUUAUUUACUAGUGCAAUUUACUGUAACGCUCUCAAGAGCGUAAUAUUUUAAACCAAAGAGUAAGUAAUAAAUUUCCACUUGCUAGCAAAGAAUAGUAGAGAUUUGAAGACCUCUUAACACCUGGGGAAAUAAAUCAGUAUGUUAGAGUAGAAAUAAAAGAGGAUUGGUGAAGGAGAAUCAAGCAUAAAAUAAUUAAUUUUUAAGAGAAUCCAGAAUUUCAUUAUAAAAUUCAUAGUCUAAUGGAUUCUUCAAAAGAGAGGGUUUGGGGAAAAAGAGAAGAAUUAAAAACUAGUGUUGACAUUCCAACUGUUGCCUGUUUUAUUAGGUAGGUUUAGCAAACUGAAAUGAACUCACCCGCAAGCGUCUGUGCACGGGCAGUUGUAGCUGCCGUGUUGCAGAGAUGAUGCGCGAACCCCCGAAUGCCCCUGCACCCACCUGCAAAUCUGCAAAUCCCGGGAGGGCGGUGGGUCCACCCGGUGGUAACUUUGCAGCUGGAAGGAGCUGGGGGUCCCCGCUGCUCCCCCGCGUUCCGGCUCACAGCAGCUCACCCGACCGUCUUUAACCCAGUGCAUGACUGAGUGCUAAUACUGUAUAAAUAUUUUGAAACAUAUCUUAAAAAAACAAACAAAAAAAAUCUGUUUGCUUCAAACUUUUUACGAUAGAGAAAUAUAUAAUUAUUAUGGUUGUCUUACAGAUUGUAUUGUGUUCUUCAUUUUUGUUAAAUAUGUAGAAAAACAUUAAGGGAAUGGGGGACUCGAAUGUCUGUGUGUACCGAAAUGUAUAUAACUAUUUGGAGAAAACACAUGUGCCAAGUAUAACAUGAUGUAAAAAUUGUAAAUAUAUGAAAAAUUCAUUUUUCUAAUAAAGAUAAUUUCUGCAAAUUGAUAUGAAAAUGAACAA